AUGAGUAAGCCAGAAAGUACACAUUCCAGUAAUAGAGGGAUGCUUAAAGUUAUAGUUCCAAUUUUAACGGUGCUUUCACUAUCAUUAUAUCUUAUAAUCUCAUCAUUUGGUCAUUGUCAUAAUCAUCAAUUAGGGAUUAGUUCAAUAUUAAAAGAACCAUCAGUGGAAGAAAGUCCCAAUGGUUUGGUAGAAGAAUUGUUAAGGAAAUCAAAUGCUAAUCAAGCCAAUCCACAAGUCAAAGUUGUGGAAUUGGAAAAAAGAGCUGAUGGUUCAAAUAGUUCUUCUUCAAGUUCCAUAGUUAGUACUUCAAGUACUUCAUUAGAUGAUGAUACUUCAAGUUCUUUUUUCUCUUCAGAUUCAUCAACUUCAGAUACAACACCAACUAGUUCAUCAAUAUGGAGUUCUGAAACAUCUUCAAGUUCACCAACUUCAAGUUCAACUUCAAGUUCUACAGAUACCAGUUCUUCAACACCUUUCAGCUCUAGUACUUUUGAAAGCUCAACUUCAAGUGAAACAACUGAAUCAUCAAGUUCAAGUACUGAAGAAUCAUCACAAUGGAGCUCUGAAACUUCAUCAGAAUCAUCAACAUCUACAACUGAAUCAUCAAGUUCCACAUCAUCAUCUUCAUCUUCCACAGAGGAAAGUUCAUCACAACCACAAAGCUCAACAGAAUCAAGUACAUCAUCUGAAUCUUCCGCCACCUCAUCUUCAUCAUCAUCCUCAUCCUCAUCCUCCUCAUCAUCUCCAACAACAUCAUCAUCAUCCUCUUCAACUCAACGCUCAUCAAGUUCAUCAUCUUCAUCACCAUCAUCAUCAAUAACAUCAUCACCAUCAGAAUCUGCAUACUCUACAGAAGUCUCAUCAUCAACUUCAUCAAAUGAUGAAACAACAGUCGUGGUUAUGAUUACAACUACAUUACAUAGACCAAAUUCUCAAACUGCCACAUCAUCAUCAACAGCAACCGCUACACCAACUUUAUCAUCAAAUGAAACCACAACAAACCGUUCAAACAAUGGUCUUUCACAUAAGAAUAGAAACAUUGUAAUUGGUGUUGUAGUAGGACUUGGUACACCAUUAAUCUUAGGAUUCCUAACAUUAUUAUGGUUUAAAUUUGGUAGAAAUAAAAAAUCAUUUUUAAAUUCUGAAGGUGAAAUUGUCAAGAAGGAAAAAGGUCCUGAAAAAAUGAUUGAUGAAAAUUUAUUUGAUGAUACUGUUGAUGAAGAUACUGUUAUUCAAAGAUCAGGUCCUGGUUCUCAUGGUGGUUCAAGAAGAAAUAGUCCAAAUGAAUUCAAUAGGGCUGUUAAUUUUUGA